CAGAUCGCGGAGGCGCACACUCGCCUCCAGCAGCAGGAGCAACAACUCUCGGAGGCGAACGCUGCCCUUCAGGCACGGGAGAAGCAGCUCACGGAGGCGACCGUUGACCAUGCAGUGCGGGAGAGGCAGAUCGCGGAGGCGCACACUCGCCUCCAGCCGGAGCAGGAGCAGGCACUCGCGAAGGCAAACCCUGCCCCUCAGGCACGGGAGGAGCAGAACUCUGCCCUUCAGGUGCUGAAGGAACAACUCGCGGAGGCCCGCGCUAGCUUCGACCAACAGGAGGAGCAACUCGCGGAGGCAAACGUUAAACUUGCGACGCAGGACGCAUAUAUCGUGGAAAGCGACGCUCGCCUCCAGCAGCAGCAGCAGCAGCUACUCGCGAAGGUGAACGCUGCGCUUCUGGCAGUGGAGAAGAAGGCAAAAGCUGCCCUUCAUGCACGGGGGAAGCAACUCGCGAGGGCAAACGCUGAACUUAAGACGCGAAACGAAUUCGAAGUGAGGUGGAAGCAGCAACUAGCGAAGGUGAACGCUGCCCUUCAAGCACAGGAGAAGCAACUCGCGGAGGCGAACACUGCCCUUCAAGCAAAAGGUGUCAAGAUUGAAACACUCACCGAGGAAAACCGGAAGCUUAUGGAGAACUCUGGCGAUCGAAAAUCCAUUGAAGAAGAAAGGAGACGGCCAAUGAGACAGAGUAAGGCUAAGGAUGCUUCCAACUCGACUGUGGACAAGACUCCGUAUCUUCCGCGCGCCUUUCCUCCAUCCAUCCUCAAAUCCGUGAAUGAUCCAUCAGCGACGGAGGCUGAAGACGAGUACGAUGAAUCAUUAAUUGACUACGAAGUCGAACUGGAAAUGGAUGACAUCAACGGUCAUGCAGAGGUCACUUACGAGCAUGAUAUUGGGAGGACGCCUAUCAAUCCAGACGAAGAAGAGCUUGACUAUUACGACGAAGACGAAGAGUCGGCAUCACGCUCAGGUCAGGUGGGUCAAGCUGCUGUCUAUGAUCACGGACGAACACCGAGUCCGAUGGAGCGCCCCUGCCUGCAGUCAAUAUCGCCUGGACGCUUCCGUGAAGUGUCACUGCUGCGGACGCCAUCACCACCACGGGCUUCCUCAUCUGCUCGCGCAGGGAAAUUGCCUAAGAACCAUCGCGACUAUCGUCCACCAUCUCUACCGGCCACGCCUCCGCCCCUUGGCCGUUGCUCGUGCGCGCUCGCGAUCUUUUUCUCCUCGCCUGUCGGCCUCUCGUCGCUAGAACGUCCACUCGCAUCUGGUCCACUUUCACAGCUUCGCCGUUCUGAACGGUUGCGCAUUCGGUCACAAUCGCUACGGGCGAUACCGUUUCAUGCAAGGCGCAAUGCCGACCUUCCGCAGACACCUCCACCGAUGCCUUCGCGAAGCUACACCGGCCUACAGGCCCGGCUCAGUCCAUUAGAGUCAAUCAGAUCACCGUCGCCAGUUCGCCUCCGCGCUUCUUCUCUCACUCUGGCACACAGCCGCUCGCCAAUCCAUGAAUCUCGUCCACAGGUACUUGAACGGCUUUCGUCUCCAUCGGCGGGCGAUUUGCGGGCGGAAGAAGUGUCGAACAGAGACUUCUCGGAGGAUGAAUUGGACAUACAGAACCUCUUUCCGCACAACAUACCGAUUCAAUACGAGUAUCCUGUCGUGGAACCUCUCUAUCCUGAGGAACAGGACUGGCUUGGAAGGAUGUACGAACAACUUGAAUGGGCCGAUGACUACAUGAAUCGUUUCAUGGUCGAAUCCCGGCAAGCAGGAGAACUCGCGUGUCCUAAAAUCUUCGUGGGGGGGAUUCUGCUUGACAUUGCUCUGAAGAGAUUCUGGCGUCUGGCUAAGAGCAUCCGCAUCCUCGCUUGCGCACGUUUCGGCUACUAUCUGUUCAUCAAGAUGAUGCGGAAUGACGCGGUUUCUUUCUGCGAUCUUGAAGAUGCACUAGAGGAGGAUCUGCUCGAUCUGUCGCAAUGGGACCUCUAUAUCAGGCAAUGGAACGAGUACAACCAAUGCUUCCGACCUUAUCAUCACAUGCUUGUUAAAUUAUUGUAUCCAAAGAGACCAGAAACAGUCGCAUUUGAAGUACGUGACGAGCAGGGCUAUGUCCUCGUUCCUAUCCUACGAAAGUCCUAUCAAGCCCAAAAGAAAACUCUACGUGAAGGCGUUGCAAAGACGCAACAGUAUAUUCAAACAGAAGGGGAAGCGGACAUUCGGGCUGAACAAGAGGCAAGGAUACUGCUGACGCGCCUGUCAGUGCACAGACCAUCUCUUCCGACCAAGGCAACGACAUCAUUUUGGGUGCUCGACUUGCCGGCAUGA